UGUGAGCUCUGUUAACACAGUUUGGAACUAACUCGUUCGAGUAUGCCAAAUUGAAUUAUUUCAGAUGACUGAUAGAAAACUGAAUAAAAAUAUUAAACUUGUUUUACCAGUUUCCGGACGACGGCGGGCAGCUUCUGCCGAAUCUGACGUUACGUUAAAGGAAUGCCCGUCUUUUUGCCAAAGAGGCACGGUAGCACUGUCGCAGAAGUACAUUCUCUAUAGAAUAAAUGCACGAAGCCCUACAACAGAAGGAGGAGUUCCUAUCGAAUUUCAAACAGCAAAGGCUUUCUUUGACUUUUCCUCCUAAAAGUUGUAAGCCCAGAAAGCAGACAUCGAAUGCAAAUGUGUCAUGAGCUAGCUAAAUUAAGCUAACAAACACUUAGAGAGUUAAAAUGUGGUUUGAUUGGCGGUUAUCCGCUUUCUGGAGCGCAGUAUUACUACAGCGUCCAUUGUUAUCGAUCGCUCAGGAGUGCCCGCGCGGAUGGCAAGAAUUCUCUGAAUCGUGUUACAAAUUCUUUCGCUCACCGCCGAAACUCCGCGAUGAUGCACGAGAGCUGUGCCAAACUUAUAAUGCUCGUUUGGUCAGUGUCAAUUCGUACGAAGAGCACCAGUUCAUUGUAAGAUGGCUCCGGGCUAACGACCCACAGCAUAGGCGCUGGUGGACAUCCGGCUACGAACUCAACGGCGCGUGGUCUUGGGACGGAGAUGGAACAUACUUUUCAAACAUUGACAACUUGUGGCUACCUGAUUCAGGGAAUUUAAUUUGGAACUACGCUGCAUACAACUACUCACAAUUUAACCAUCGGUGGGGUUUGGAGAGAGCCUCUCCUUCGGAUCCUCUGGCGCUGAUUUGUGAAAUAUUCAAAGAGAAUUUGCACCAGAUCAUCUUACAGGAAAGAACGAUUGAUUACGGGGUAACUGAGUUGGAUUCAGAACGAAUUCCUCGUGGUCCUUAUUUUACUCUUGAUCCAGUCGAUGUAAUUUUCGAUCAGAGCGGUCGGUCACAGGUAGACCAUGUUUCUUUACGCUGUGUCGCCUCAGGAUAUCCAGCUCCUACAUACAAAUGGUACCGGGAAUCGUUCGAGGGUGAUGAUCUUGUCGCAACUGAGAUCGAUCCCUUAUCGACUGAUCGGUAUACUCAGACCGAUGGAACUCUUAUUGUGUCACACCCAGAGCCAAAUAUCGAUCGUGGGAAAUAUCACUGCAUGGCGGAAAACAAGUUCGGAAGAAUAAAAUCGCGCACCGUCACUCUUGGCUUUGGAUAUAUCGGUGAGUUUAACAAGAAACGUACAAUUGAUAGGGGCAAAGAGUAUUGGGGAAAAUCAAUCGCAUGCGAUGAACCUCAACACUAUCCCAAGGUCAACUAUUACUGGACGCGAAAUUCGUUCCCGAAUUUUGUCGAAGAGGAUCAACGAGUGUUUGUCUCGCAUGAUGGCCAUCUUUACUUCAGUUCCCUUGAGAAAAUCGACAACGGAAACUAUUCGUGUAACGUUCAGAGUGACAUCUCGGACACUGGACGGACGGGUCCAUUCUUCCCCGUCAUUGUUGAACCUGGCUCAAGCGGGCAAAAACUUUUAUUUCCGAAUAAUUUCCCCAAAAGCUUCCCGCAAACUGUGUUGGCUGGUGAUCGAGUGAGACUUGAGUGUGUCGCAUAUGGCUAUCCAGUGCCCAAAUACAACUGGACCCGGGUUAAUGGAGACUUGCCAUAUGGAAGUCGCAUUGAAAAUCACGGACGUGUACUGAUUGUUCCAAAAACGCGUGUUGAGGAUGAAGGAGAGUAUAUUUGUAGCGCUAUAACUAGCCAGCAAUCAAUUCAAAAGUCCCAUCACCUUUCUGUCCAGGCAAUUCCUGAGUUCACGAUUCCCCUUGAGAAUCAAAUUGUCGAUGAGGGCGCUUCGCUAACAUGGGACUGUGAAGCAUUUGGCAUUCCUGAUAUUUCCUACGAAUGGUACUAUAAUGGCCGGUCUUUAAACGAUACGAGCAAUUUGCACCGUCUCGGCCGCUAUGUCAUCCAUGACAACGUCCUAAUCAUACCACAAGUGAUCAAAGGAGGGGAAAAGGACGGUGGCGAUGAGGGAAUGUAUCAAUGUAUGGCAAGAAAUCAGAUUGGGACAACUUUUUCGGCAGCACAGUUGAAAGUCAUUGCUCUUGCGCCAAAUUUUCGCAAAUAUCCGCUUGAAACGGAGUUGUACGCGGCAGAAGAUGGUAACGUGACAAUCGCUUGCCGACCUGAGGCUGCCCCUUUUCCCGAGUUCCAAUGGCGCAAAGACGGCUACUCGAUUGGGGCACUUGGCGGGGGUCGAGUCCACGUUAUGCCAAAUGGCUACCUUCGGAUCAAUCCGGUCAGACAUGAAGAUGAAGGCAAUUACACAUGUUUUGCAAAGAACAUUUAUGGACAAGACUGGUCCUCUGGCAGACUGAUCGUUUUACCUCCACCGAUCGCCUAUCAAAGUCCUCCCCCACGGCUGAGUGCAGUCGUCAACGAUACAGUGGUGCUCGUUUGUGAGGCUCUCGUGUCUCCACUGCUUGACCUUUCGUAUGUAUGGGCGCACAAUGACCUUAAGAUCGACUGGAAGACGAAUCCUCUCCAUGAAUACAAAUACUCCAUUGUAGGUGCCGGUAAUUUGGUGAUCCGAAAUGUGACCUUUUCGGAAGCUGGAUUCUACCGUUGCACUGCGAAAACAUCUAUAGGCCGUGUGGAAAUGCAUAGCGAGUUGAUCGUCAUUGGCCCGCCUGGCCCAGUGGGUGCGGUUAAGGCUGAAAGUGCUAACGAAACUUCGGCCUUGAUCACCUGGACAGAUGCAUCGACAAAUGGCCGACCUUUCAAAGGCUAUCUUAUAGAAGGAAGAACAAACCACAACCAUACGUGGAGGCUUAUUGCGAACUAUACAACAGGAGACCGCUUUCGCUUGGAACCGCCAUUCCGGACAUUUCGACGCUCCUAUCAGCUGCCUCGUGGAUCACUCUCACCCUUUAGUGGAUAUGAGUUUCGCAUUGCUGCCUACAAUGAUCUGGGAACCGGCGAGUUCUCUGACCCAUCGCCAGUUGUGUCGACAUUGGAGGACCGACCCUAUAAAUAUCCUGACCAUGUUGGGGGAGGCGGAGGCAAAGCUGGAUCACUUACCAUCACCUGGGAUCAAUUGCAUGCCGAGGAUUGGAAUGCACCGCAGAUCUGGUAUAUUGCCUACUGGCGACCGGCAAGCGAAAAGGGUGAGUUUAACAAAAGGAACCUCAAAGACUAUGGUAAUGUCGGGCUUUAUGUAGUGAACGUCGGCGAGGAAAACUACUUCCGUCCUUAUACUGUUAUGGUGCAAGCGAUGAACUACAAAGGAGCCGGUCCUCUCUCAGUUGAGACCGAUGUGUACUCGGCCGAAGCUAUGCCUCAAGUACAACCAACUGGUGUAUAUGCAAUUGCAUAUAACUCAACCGCGCUUAAUGUCACCUGGACCCCACUGGAUGUUACAAGGGAGAAGAUACGAGGACGACUCAUUGGGCACAGAAUCAAAUAUUGGCGCAGCGAUGCCGAUGCCGAGGUUGACUUUUUGGUACUACUUAAUCGGGGCUUACGCAAUUGGGCCCUAAUUGUCGGUCUUCAACCCAACACCGAGUAUCGUGUAGCCGUUAUGGCAUACAACGAUGCCGGCAGUGGUCCGGAGUCUGAGUACUUCAUUCAAAAGACAUGGAAGGCUGCUCCACUACGUCCUCCAACAUCCGUUAAGGUCCGAGCCAUUGGUGAUACUUCGGUCAAAGUCACGUGGCGAGGCGUGGUACCAUCUAUUGAAGAGGAAUCGAUUCAAGGAUAUAUGGUCCGCUACUGGGAAGCCGAUCAGGAUUAUACACAAGCAAAAGAAGUCCGACGCGUGUUGGAUGUACACAGUUCCGAGCUGGAUGCCAUCGUCUCUGGUCUCGUCCCUGGCAAAGUGUACAAGCUGCGAGUACUUGCGUACUCGCUGGGUGGAGAUGGGAAGAUGUCGUCUCCUCCAUGGGAAUUCCGGCUCGGAGAAGGUGUUCAGUCGCCAUUAACAUCGGCAGCAUCACAAUGCAUACCAGCUUGCUUUGCAUCUAGCCUGGUCGUGGUACUUAUUGGUAAGCUCCUGUGCAACUGGUGAGAUCCAUCUGUCGUCUCUUGUCAGAGCGAGAACGAGUGAGAGAACUCUGAGGUAAUCUGUACUAAAAACCCGAAAGGGAACAUCACUUUAAUUCGACACUACUAUUAAUAAUAUGCUGUAAUAGCAUUGUGUUGUACAUAUGCAUGCCGGAGAAAAUAUGGUGAGAGUCGAGAAUGUUUAAUAUAAACGCGUGAAAGGGUGCAAUUGAGUGACACAUAAGUAGCCGGUAAACGUGGAGUGGCAGCUAUUAUUUAAAAAUUCACGCAUAGAACGAUACCUACACACCCUUACAGAAACUCACCCUCAGAAAGACGAAAAAAUGUGAACAUGUGUAUGAAUCAAGUAGAGAAACCGAGUGCUGUUCUAGAAUCACGGCGAAAUAAAUGAAAUAGUCUCAACGUUUGCGAUGAAAUAGGAAAAGAAUAGCGUUCAGACGCAAAUAGUAAUAAUUUGAUAAUUACAGUUUAAUGCAGGCGGAAAACUUUAUAAUUAGGGGACAAAUGUUGAUACUGUUACAGCACAAAAUAAUGUAACGAUAUUGACUGUACUAACGACUUUGCCGCUUCUUGCUCUCACUAUUAUCACCAGGGAUAGAUAGUAGCAUCUAAUAUUAUAUGUAUAAAUUAAUAAGAUAUAACAAGUAGCAUUACGUAAGGAAGAUUCGCUUUACAUUAAAAGCGAAUAAAAAGCAGAAUGUAUCAGAAAUAAACUUUUUUAUAUUUUAUACAACCUC